ACGUUUUGUGAUUUUAAAACCAGUCGACAACUGCGGAUGGCAGGCAGAUUGUGAAAUUAGAAUUUGUUUGGAGAUGUGACGGAACAUCGGAAUAUUUAAAAAUCGCUAAUUUCAAGUGGUGUCCUACCAGAAAGACGUACACAUUCGUAACAAAGAGAGAGAAAGUUAACGACAUAGAAAAUCUGUCGCCAUGGAUUUCGAUCGGGUCCUUGAAAAAUGUGGCAAUUUCGGUCCAUACCAAUGGGUGGUCCUUUUGCUAUUCGGUUAUACAAACAUCAUGUCAUCGAUGCACUACUUCUCUCAGACAUUGAUUAGUUUCACGCCGGAACAUUGGUGCUAUCAUCCGCAAAUGGAGAAUAAAUCAUUUGACGAGAUCCACGAUAUAUAUCAACAGUUGCAAAGUCCUCACUGUACCAUGUUGGAUAGUGUGGAUGGAAAUGGUAGCGCAGUGGCAGCGGAUGGUUUGCUGUGUCGAGAAUGGAUUUACAAAAAGGAGGCGGGAUAUGAGAGCAUUACAAUGGAGCUAAAUUGGGUUUGUGACCAGGCUUUCAAUAAUGCUGUUGGACAAUCAUUUUACUAUAUUGGCGCUGUUGUUGGCACCAUCACAUUCGGAUUUUUGGCCGAUAAAAUUGGUCGAUUACCAGCCAUAAUUCUAAGUACCUUAUCCGGGGGUAUUGGCGAUUUUCUGACCUCUUUCGUUAAGUCAGUGCCGAUGUUUUCACUGUGCCGAUUCAUAUCCGGUCUGUCGACGGACACUUUUUAUGUUUUAAUGUAUAUUUUGGCCUUUGAGUACUUGAAUCCCAAGAAGCGUACAUUUGGUUUAAAUAUCACCCCAGCCAUUUUCUAUUGUGCGGGUUUGAUGAUAUCACCCUGGUGUGCCAUGUGGGUGCAUACGUGGCGAAAAUAUCUGCUGGUUGCCUCGACUCCUGUCCUUCUGGUAUUUAUUUAUCCUUUGCUGACCUGUGAAAGUGCCAAUUGGCUGUUGACUCGUAAGAAAUACGAUCGUGCUGUAAAAUGCCUGAAAUGGGUGGCAAAAUUCAAUGGACGCCAUGUGGAGGAGAGUGUUUUCGAAGAGUUUGUCGAUUAUUAUAAGCAAAAAAUCGAAAUGGAAGAGAAGAAGAUCAAAAACAAUGACACCUUUUGGGGAAUGUUCAAGACACCUCGGCUGAGGAAAUUUACCAUAAUUUUGCUGAUAAAGAGCGUCAUCAUAACAAUGUCCUUCGAUAUAAUUUCCCGUAAUAUGGAAGGCUUGGGUUCGGAACCCCUGAAACUAUUCUCCUAUACCUCAGCGUGUUAUAUUCCUGGAGGCCUUACCAUCAUAGCAUUCCAAAAUAUAAUUGGCCGUAAGGGUAUGGCCAGCAUAUCCUUGCUGUUGGGUGGUAUCAUCACCGCCAUUACCGGUUUCUUGGUGGCAUUUUUGGAUCCAAAAGUCAAUGCCACUUUGCUGGCUAUUAUGGUGGGUUUGGGACGUUAUGGUGCCGUUGUGGCCUAUGAUGCUGAAGCCCAAUAUUGUACGGAGAUUAUACCGACCAGUGUUCGAGGACGUGGUGUGGCCAAUAUACAUGUCAUUGGUUAUGCUUGUAGUUUCCUCAAUGCCUAUGUUCUCUAUCUGGCCAAUUUCUAUCGGCCGUUGCCAUCGAUUUUCAUUAGCAUAAUUAUGUUGGCCGGGUCGGUGCUGUGCCUAUUUUUACCGGAGACAUUAAAUAAAAAACUGCCAGAUACCCUCAGUGAUGGUGAAGUCUUUGGCAAAGGAGAGAAAUGGUAUUUCUUCCCAUGUUGCGGCAGCAGGGGCCAGGGCAAAACAGAAGACAGCGACGAGAAACAAAAUACUCGUCUGUAAUUAAUUACAGUUUUAUAGGAAUAAUUUUUAUAGAGU